UAGCCGGCGCGGGAGGUCCCGCGCGGUGCACGCGGGCGGGGGGGGAGCGGCGCGGGAGCCGGUACCUCGCGCUAUGGCCUGGCUCCCGGCUCAGAGGCAUCUCCCGGCCGCCCGCGGCUGGCACAGCCGAGCAGACCUGGCAAUGCUGCUGUAUGCACCUGCCCUCAUAGUCAUCACAGCAGCUCUGAAGGAGGCAUGCUCCUUCCCCAUCUUUGCUGCAGGUCCUGGUGUGACCCUGCCAGGUUCAGUGCAACCCCUUAGCCCUGUGUGGGGAGACUGCAAGUUCUGUUUCCUUCGGAGGUUUUCCAUUCAGCCUGCCCAGCAGAGGAAAAUUCCAAACCGGUACCUAGGUCAGCCCAGCCCUUUCACACACCCACACCUUCUCAAGCCAGGGGAGGUAACUCCAGGGCUGUCCCAGGUGGAAUAUGCUGUACGCCGACAUAAGCUGAUGAGUUCGAUCCAGAAGGAGGCUAAAGACUGGGGUGGUAUGGACCACACAGUGAUUCUGCUAUCCAACCCCACCUAUUACAUGAGCAAUGACAUCCCAUACACCUUCCACCAAGACACUAAUUUCCUGUACCUGUGUGGGUUCCAGGAACCUGACAGCAUCUUGGUGCUCCAGAGUCUGCCUGGCAAAGCUCUGCCAUCUCACAAAGCCAUGCUUUUUGUACCACGCCGAGACCUAAACCGAGAGCUGUGGGAUGGGCCACGAUCAGGCACGGAUGGGGCAGUAGCUCUCACAGGAGUGGAUGAAGCUUAUACCAUAGAGGAGUUUAGAAACCUGGUGGCCAGACUUAAAGGUGAGUCAAAUGUGGUUUGGUAUGACUAUGCAAGGCCUGUGCACCCUCAGCUCCACUCUGAGUACCUACAGCCUCUGACUGAGAUGAAAACUGGAAGCAAAAACCGUAUCCGAGGCUUCUGUCACCUGGUGCAAAACCUCCGGCUGAUCAAAUCCUCUGCAGAGAUUGAGAGGAUGAAGGUUGUUGGAAGGGUGACAUCACAGGCUUUCAUAGAAACAAUGUUUGCCAGCAAAUCCCCAGUGGAUGAAGCAUUUCUGUAUGCCAAGUUUGAAUUUGAGUGCCGGGCUCGUGGUGCUGACAUCUUGGCUUACCCCCCUGUGGUUGCUGGUGGUAACAGGUCUAACACCUUGCACUAUGUGAAAAACAAUCAGCUUAUCAAGGAUGGUGAAAUGGUCUUGCUAGAUGGCGGGUGUGAGUCUUCCUGCUAUGUAAGUGAUAUCACCCGUACAUGGCCCAUCAAUGGCAGGUUCACUGGUCCCCAAGCAGAGCUGUACCAGGCAGUCCUGGAGGUCCAGAAGUCUUGUCUGAGCCUCUGCUCCCCAGGUGUGAGCUUGGAGAACAUCUAUAAUCUCAUGCUGAGCCUGACUGGGCAGAAGCUAAGAGAACUGGGGGUUCUUAAAAGAAGCAUUGAUGAGAACCACUUCAAGGCUGUCCGGAAGUACUGCCCGCAUCAUGUGGGCCAUUACCUGGGUAUGGAUGUUCAUGACACACCGAGCAUGUCCCGAUCACUUCCACUGCAGCCAGGCAUGGUGAUAACCAUUGAGCCAGGGAUGUAUAUCCCAGAAGAUGACCUGGCUGCCCCCGAGAGGUUCCGUGGCAUUGGUAUACGAAUUGAGGAUGAUGUUGUAGUGACAGAGGACAUACCACUAAUCCUCUCUGCAGACUGUCCCAAGGAGAUCUACCACAUUGAGCAGAUCUGUGGCCGCAGUUUGUGACCUUUCUCCUCUGCCUCUUCCAACUUCCUCAGGUUCUCCAGGAAACGCACUCCUGUGUACCCUGACAGAUGUAUAUUUUUGUAAAUGGACAUGGCUCCUGGGCAAUGAGGGUUGAGGGCUAGUUUGGAGGGUGUUGCUACUCCAGGAACUGAGGGAGUUAUGAGGGAGACCUUGGGCAAUGUGGCUAUUAAAAUAAAGAGCCAAUUAUUUAUAUA